CUCCGCUCGUCUUACGGUAUCACGAUUCUCGAGACAGGCGCGAAGCUAGUACAGAGCUUAGAAUUCAUUCGCGUAUGAACAGACGGACUAUUUCCUUGGAUCCCACGGGGUGAUGCUCGAAUGGGAAACCAAAUACCCGCACCUGACCUCCGUGGUAGCCGAGGGAAUUCUCCAGCGGGGAGCGGAGGGGAGGAAGGCGACGUGGAUAUGAACUGAAAGCGCGCUAGGGUACGUGAUGGGGUCGGUGGUUUCACGCUAUGGGCCUCAGCGGACGGGGAUUCCCAGCCAGGCCAGGUUCUCUCUACCCACGAAUCACGAUCGAUUGCGGAAUCGAGGCGAGCUCGUAGAUGCCGUGCCGACUCGCGACCGGUGAGGCCAAGUGCGAUACAAAAGCGUGCAUGCCAAGCGGGGAUCUCACAAGAGCAGCAGAACGACCUGACCCCUGCGCGCCAUACAAUGCACACCACCACCACCACCACCACCACAUUCAUCAUCAUCCUCGCCACGCUCUCGCGCACGGCCCUCGCAACCCCAGCGGGUCUCGGGGUCUUGCCGGGGACGGUCCGGCUGACGAGCUACUCGGCGGCACUGCAAUCCAAGAUGCACGACGUGAGCCUGGGCAACUACACGACGUACGGGAAGCUCGGGUGCAUACGGGCACCGACGGCGCUGACGACCACCGUCGGGCUGUCGAACGCGACGAACCACGUUGCUGCGGAUGAGGCUAAUGGGUAUGAUCUGGAUCUCAGCAACGGAGUAGACGGAGAUAUGCUGCAGUGCAACCCGGGCUUCAUUCCCGAGAAGCUGGCUAUUGAGAACUUCUCCAGCAAGGGCGCGACUUUGGGGAGCUACAGCGGUUUCGAUAUUAUUCCCGACACGACCUGCCGGGCAUUCAACUUCACGCUCGUCGUGCACGCCCAGGAGCCGCAUUUCUUGACCCGCGUCCCGCUGUACACGAUCUGCUGCGCGGCGCUCCCCCACAAAUGCCUCAGAUUCAAUACGGCGGACCCCGCGAAGGUCCUCGUGGAUACCCUGCCGGCGGUGAAGAACCUCGCCUCCGCGACGCAGCUACUCGACUUCCUGUUCGCACUCGAGCAUGAGAUUUCGGUGUUCCCGACGGGGAGCAGCAUCCAGCACGAUGAGGAGGAGGAAGAGGACGCGUCGGCUGAUUCGGAAGACGCCGAUGACGACUCAGAUUCCGCCGAUCCGGACCCGGCUGAUGAUGAUGAAGACGGGGACGACCAGUCUGGUGCUUCGAAAGGAAAGGAUGGCAGCGAUGGGUCUGGGAGUGAAAAUGACGGUGCCGAUGAUGAUACUGCGAAUAACUAGCGGCCUGUCGCCUGGGCGAGUGAGUGCCCGUGUUUCUGAGGUAAUCCUACCGAUGUCUAUCUAUUCUGUCUAUGUUUUCUGGCUACCGAAUUUGGUGUUUUGAUGUUUCUAAUACGGAGUGUAGAUGACGGAUAUUUGCAACUCUACAGUCCCGAAGAUGUUAAUGGUAAGAUUGCAGUUGUGAAAUAUGACACAACUAGAUAUUCGUUGUCGUGAGUGAUCGAACAUGCGCCGAUGUAUCGCUUCUAUUACCCUUGCUGUUUC